AUGCAGAACGGGUACCAGGGCGUGUGUACUGCAGCCAGGAAUUGUAGGACGGGCGGUGGCAGAAACCGGGUGCAACCAUUAGUCUGCUCGGGAAGGGGAAGGGAGCGAACAGUCUGCUGCGUAAAUUGGUACCAGCCGCAGCCUACCACCAGCUUCACCACGUUCCCGCCAACACGGCCCACGCCCAGGCGCAGACCUGUGUACCCUCAGAGCUCCUGCGAGCCAGUCUCUCCGCAGCUGACGGCGCCAAAAAUCGGUCGCAAGGCUUGGGACAAAUGCGUGGAGUACCAAGAGAGGUUUGUGUACCCUUGCGUGAAGAGCGUCGACUUCUCGGACGACAUGGUGCGCGCCAGACGGUGCUAUCAUUCCACCGAGGACCUGGUGGUGGGAGGUCUGAACGCCUCCAAGAGGGAGUUCCCACACAUGGUGCUUCUUGGAUUCGGGAGCAGCCCGCAGACGGCGAGCUGGGCUUGCGGUGGCUCCAUCAUCAGCGAGCGCUUCAUACUCACAGCGGGCCAUUGCACAUCUAUGAACCGCACGUCCGUGGGCUUCGUCCUCCUCGGUGUCCUGGACAAGCGGCAGCGCGUGGACAUGUCCCAGGUGUACAGGAUCCGGCGAAUAAUCAAGCACCCGGGGUACAGGUCGCCCUCAAAGUACAACGACAUAGCGCUCCUCGAGACGGAAAACGACAUGAGGCUUAGCGAGGACGCGGUCCCAGCUUGCCUGCACAUAGACACGCGCGUCGACGACGAGCGGGCGAUCGCAACCGGUUGGGGCGCGACCGCAUACAAAGGCGACAACUCCGACUCCCUGCAGAAGGUCACCCUCAGGAGGUUCCCCGACCACGAGUGCAUGGCCAAGUACCCGCCCAAGCGCAACCUGGAGAACGGGUUCGACCCCAAGACCCAGCUGUGCUACGGCGACAGGUACGAGUCGAAGGACACCUGCCAGGGAGACAGCGGCGGUCCUCUCCAGCUCUCUGCUGGCCGCAUCAACUGCAUGUACACAAUAGUGGGGGUGACGUCAUUCGGCAACGAGUGUGGCUCCCCUGGCAUGCCAGGGGUGUACACCAGGGUCUCGGCCUACGUGUCCUGGAUUGAAGGCAUCGUCUGGAAU